CCGGAUAGUGAACGGGAAGGCGCUACAGUCAAAAGUUUAUCACACCCACAACUUUGAAUAACUUUGGAAACAACUUCAACAUGCCUGGAACAGCUCGUGCCGCGUCGUCGUCGUCGGGGGUGGGCCGCUUCCCCGGGGUGACCUUCAGCAACGGGGACGCGACCCCUGAGAGGGAGACACCCCCCAAGGAGAAGGAGGCAGCCAGGCAGGAAGGGGGCUGCCAGCGCUUCCUGCGGCGCCUCUGCCCCUGCUGCUGCCGCCCGAAGGGCAGCUCGUAUGACAUUACGCCCACCACCCCCACCACCACCACGGACAAUGGCACAGGAAACGGCACGGGCAACGGCACGGGCAAUGCCACCAUGGACGGCUUGGAGAAGGAGGAGGAGAAACCGGCACCGCUGCCCGAGCCGGCUCAGCCACAGACUGGCGACAAGGAGAUGGAGGAGCUACAGCUGGAGGUCCGCUCCGUGGACCUGCUCAGCACCAAGAGUGGUCAGAACCGCACCGAGCACAACACAGACAAGUUCCAUGGCGACGACCUGAUCGUGCGCCGUGGCCAGACGUUCCAGAUUGAGAUUGACCUCUCGCGACCUUACUGUGACAACACAGACAAGUUGCUCCUGGAACUCAAGACAGGGCCCUUGCCACUGGUUUCCAAGGGAACCCAUGUCAUCAUCCCCAUGGUGGAGGAGCUUGAGGACGAGUGCUGGGAGGCCAAGAUCGUGGAGCGUCAUGGCAACAAGGUCAAGUUGUCCGUCAACUCCCCCACCGAUGCCCCGAUCGGCAGGUAUAGCCUCGUCGUGGCAACGCGUUGCCCGAAGAGCGAGAGUGUGACCAUGCAUGACCUCAAGAUGGACAUCUACAUGCUCUUCAACCCCUGGUGCGAAGAGGACACCGUGUACAUGGACAACGAUGAGGAGAGGGAGGAGUACGUGCUGAACGACACUGGGAGAAUCUACUACGGCACGGAGAAGCAGAUCGGAGCUCGCACCUGGAAUUUCGGACAGUUCGACAAGGAUAUCCUCCAUGCCUGCCUGUACAUUCUGGAGAACAGCGACGUGAAGCCGUCCGGCAGAGGGGAUGCAGUGAAUGUCGUCAGGGUCAUUUCUGCUAUGAUCAACUCUCCAGAUGACAUGGGCGUGCUGGAGGGGAACUGGUCGGGGAACUACGUGGGCGGCACGUCUCCCACGGCCUGGAGCGGCAGCGUGGACAUCCUGAGGAAGUACUACCAGGGGGGAGGCAUGCCCGUCAAGUACGGCCAGUGCUGGGUCUUCUCCGGAGUCACCACCACCGUGCUUAGGUGCCUGGGUAUCCCUGCCCGCAGCGUCACCAACUUCCAGUCGGCCCAUGACACUGACGUCUCCUUGACGACAGACGUGUACUUCGAUGAGAACAUGGAGCCGAUUCCCCACCUCAACUCUGACUCAGUGUGGAACUUCCAUGUGUGGAACGACUGCUGGAUGGCCCGUCCCGACCUCCCACCAGGUAUGGGCGGUUGGCAAGCGGUGGACUCCACCCCCCAGGAGACCAGCCAGGGCACCUUUCGCUGCGGCCCCGCCUCCGUCACCGCUAUCCGCACCGGACAGGUGUACCUCAAGCACGACACCCCCUUCGUCUUCGCCGAGGUCAACAGUGACAAGAUUUACUGGCAGCGCAAUCUGGAUGGCACCUUCAGCCAGAUCCACAGCGAGAAGAAAGCAGUGGGGCAUUUCAUCAGCACCAAGGCUGUGGGCUCAGACAAGCGCGAGGACAUCACCCACCUGUAUAAACACACAGAGGGCUCAGAGGAGGAGCGCAUCGCCGUGGAGACGGCCAGCCGCUUCGGCACAAAGCCCUACGCGUACUCGAGCCCCAUUGCGGAGGACGUGCAGGUGGAGGUGAAGCUGGACGGCGAGGGCCCGCGCAUGGGCAACGACGCCCAGCUCAACAUCGUGGUGACCAACCUGAGCUCGCAGCCCCGCAGCACCAACCUCCACAGCCAGGUGGCGGUCAUGUACUACACGGGCGUGCUGAAGGGCACCGUGAAGAAGGACAAGCUGCCCGUGGAGCUGAUGCCCAAUGAAGUGAAGACCAUCAACUGGGUGCUUCCCUUCCAGCACUAUCAGGACCAGCUGGUGGACCAGGCGGCCCUCAUGCUGACCGUGUCGGGCCGCGUCACCGAGACCAAGCAGGUGGUGGCCUCACAGACCACCUUCCGACUCCGCACACCCGACAUUGACAUCAAGCCGGAAGGGGAUGCGGUGGUGGGGAAGCAGAUGUCAGCCAAGAUCACCUUCACCAACCCACUCCCGUCCACCCUGCGCAACGUGGUGCUGCGCGUAGAAGGGCUCGGCCUGAGAGAUCUGCACCCCAUUACCAUUGGUGAUGUGGGUCGCCAUGCCACCGUCACGGUGACGGAGCACUUCAUUCCGUCUCAGCCGGGCACCAGAAAGCUUGUAGCCGCCCUGGACUGCAAGCAGCUCUCUCAGGUGCACGGCGUGGCUGACAUCCAGGUGAAGGACUGCUGAGGAAGCUCACACAGGAGAGGUGAAGGAUGGGAUGGUGGCCGAGGACCUUACAUGUCAAGAACACCUCUAAGGCUUGCCUGUGGUGUGGUGUUGACUAGGGCUUGACGUUGUUUUUUUUACUCACUGGCCACUGUGGCUAGUGGUUUUCCCGAGUUACUAGCCAUUUAUGGCUAGCCUUUCUGAUAGACAGAGUUUUUUUGUCUGUUUUUUUUUCUUUACAAUAUUCUUGCAUUUUAUUACAAACAAUUGAUGCAACUACUGUGAUUUGUCACACCAAAGAAUAAGUUACCUGUCAAAGUGGCUAGUGAGAUGGAAAUUGUUACUAGCCACAGCCACGUUUUACCAGCAUUUGACCGGUUGGCCUUGCCUCUAAGGAUUGCCUGUGUGGUGUGGUGUGGUGUGGUGGUGACACUGCUGCAGCGCCAGUGGGCCUGUUUCGGUCUCGGAUGUAAACACCAAGACAUCUCCUAUCUGUGUACCGUACACUUAAUGCCUCCUCGGGUGGUUAUAUUCCGGAUGGCAAGUUUAGAAUGUUAUCGUGGUAUAAUACCCGGAAGUGGGCUGUAAACCUCCUGAUAAGAGAUCCUCUGGAUUUGUUUUGAUUCUAGAAUGUAGCCAUAAGAGAGUUCUAUUAGUAGAUUUACUGCUUGUUCCCAAGUUCAUGGCUACCUUCUUGGAAUAAACCCACUGUUCUAACCUCCCUUGCCCCACCUCUUGGCGAGUCAUGUACAAGUCAAAUACACUUGUGUGUGGUUGCAUUAGGGUCUACCUCUCAGUUCACAGUGACCAUACACUACCAUUUACUGCACUCCAUAUAUUUCGUGUGUAGUGUGUUUAUAUGUGUGUUUAAGUGUGUGACGUACUGUGACAGAGAAAGCCAAACAAAGCUUUCCUGUCUCUGAUUCUUAAAUCAUUGUAUAUUUCCUGUUACAGUCUGUUCUUUAACAUUCUUCAUUCUUCAAUGGCCAGAUCACCAGCAUAGUAUCAAGUACAAUCAGUGAUGGACAGAAUGGAUUCAUUAGUUAUAAUCGAGGGCCAUAUAUUGCAAAUGACCAUGAUUUUACCUGUCCAAUUCAACCAGGUGAUCAUUCAACAGGCCAAUCACCUGGCUGAAUUGGUCAGGUAAGGCCAAGUCAUUUGGAAUAUGCUGCACUGGAUUGUACCUAAUGAAUCAACUUUGCCCAUCACUGGUGACAAUACACCAAAAUGAGAUUGGCUCUUUUUAAAAGCAAUGCCCUGGUGAAGAUAAUUUGACUGAUAGUUUGAAAGUACACUUUUCUAUGCAUCUGUACUGUAAGAUUUUGUUCCUUAGAGGCAUGUACAUUUUUACAUUUAGACGUUUUAAAUGCAGUAUUUGUUUUUUUAUGCUGUGCCUGGCCAAGUCUAGUUUUAGCUAAUUCCUCUCUCCCACUUUUCUAUUUUAAACAUACACAACCAUUAUUAGUAUUACGUUCUUUUGUAUUUUAACGUGAAUGUCAGUUAUUGUAGGUAUUAGGCAAUAUGGAAAAAGACCAUUGUCAGUCUCUUUUGAAGAUUUAUUGUGUGUUGUUUUAUUUGUGUUAACGUAAGGUCCAAUUGUGUAGCACAGCUUUUGAAAUCAUCCUAUCGUGCCCUAUAAUUUCUAUACGAAAUUAUAUUCUAUACGAAUUUCUAUCAUUUCUAUACGAAAUACUGAUUGUAUGCAAUGAGCACAGGUGUCUAUUUGGGUUUAGGGAGUAAAGACCCUGCCAUAAUUUCCUCCAUUGCCUCACUGAAAGGCUAAUGCGCCUGUGCCUUAUUGUGAUCAGAUGAUUCAGAGCUAACUAUGCCAGCACUGAAACUGAGAAAAAUGCCUUCAAAGCCUUGGUAUUAGGUUGGAUAUUGUAGUUACUGCAAAUUUGACAAAGAAAUAUCUCUAAAACGGGACACAUUUGGACCGUAAGGCUUUGUCACAAGAUAAAGAAGGUGUAAUGAAGACCAUUUAAACUAAACUCAAUUUUGACAAAAUAUGUAGUUACUGCACUUUUGCCAUUGUAGGGCAGUGUUAUUCCUGGUUUCUUCUCAGGAAACUGGUAGAGACGAAACAGGACACCACAUUUUAUGGUUCAAUAAACCAUAAGGUCCCCUUAGAAGGAGAAAACUAUGACUAUAAAUUGCUAUUAGAGGAAAGUAGACAUUUCUCACUUGUUUGAUGUUAUACGUAUACUAGAAAAGAUGAUUUCAAGGUGUUUACAAAGCAAUAUGACAAGAAUGUGAGUGUUAAAAAAGAACAGUGUUUCAACACCUGCAUUUCAGACCACUUUGUGUUAUAAAAUACCCACAUGUACGGUAAAUCCCUGUGUGCACUGUACCAAAAGAAGGAUGUGAAGAGUAUGUACUUAAAUGUAGCCCUCAUGAACUAUGCCUUAAUAUGCCAAAGAAAAUCCACGAUGGAGACAUGUGCGGACUGGAGUAUUAAGCCUGUUCGCCCACAGCAUUGUGCCUUUUAGACGUCAUGUUUGCAAACGAUUGGAUAGCGUUGUAAAUGUGAAAAAUAUACAUGUCCUGCACUUAUGAAGGUCAUUACUAAUACAAUUUUGUAUUAUUUAUCUAUGUAUUUACAUUACUGUUUGUCA